AUGAGUUUCCUCAGAGCUAGCGUCCGCUCGCCAGCCUCUCCCGCCCCCCGCCGCCCCUACCUUCCCCCUCCCGGACCCAGGCUCCGCGGGGAGACGCAGGGGGCGGGCGGCGGCAAUGCGAGAAGGAAAAGGAGAGCAGGGAGGAAAGCCCCGGAGAGAAGCCCGCUCCAGCUGCAGCCGCUAGCCCCCUCCCUCUUUCCCGCCCCACAAACGCCGAGAUGGCGGCGGAAGCGGCGAAAGGAAGCGCCGGUUCUCCAGCGCCACUUGGUGCUCCACCACCGCCCGCCACGAGCAGGAGAAGACAGCGGCGGCGCGGCGGCCGCUGGGUCAAUAGGCGCCCUCAGCCCCUGA